UCUGGAUUGAAAUAAAGGUUGUACGAACUACGAUUUUGAUUUCUACGAAAGAUUGAUACAAAUAGUUUGCAAAAACUGAAUUUUUUUUGAUUCGGGGAUGGAUAACGCACCAAAGGGUCGAGGCCGUGGCCUGGCACUUAUUAAAGAAAUUUUAGCUCGAAGAUCAGCUAAUGAACAGGGAAGCCCUGGAUCCAGUGAGCCUCCAACUGCAGCACCAAGUGUUGUUGGAAGCUAUGCACCAAGUGAAGUUGGAAGCUAUGCACCAAGUGAAGUUGGAAGCUAUGCACCAAGUGAAGUUCCAAGUUUACUUGGAAGUUAUUCAUCAAGUGAAUCUCCAAGUGUUGCACCAACUGUUGUUGGCUCUGCAAGUUGUAUGUCUACUAUAAGUAUUGGUGGUAGAGGCAAGAUUGCUGCCCUUAUGUCUAAAAUGAAGGAACCAAAACCAGGAUCAGGAGAUGCUCCAUUGACUUGCCCUGCUUCUGAUGUCAGACCUACAACCUCAACAUCAAUGGGAAGAGGAAUGAGUCUGCUUAAAAAUUUACAAAUGACACAGUCAAGUCAAUCUGUGGGUGCUGCUCAGAGUUCUGUUGAUAAAAUCACUCAGGAUCUAGCAGCCAGCUCAAUUGUAUCAGAGACUACCUCUACUCCAAAGAAUAAAUACUUUAGGGAAGUCAAAGAAACACCGCCAGUUGUUAUGAAAGGAGUGAGUGGGACACCCUAUGAAGUGACUGCUAACUUUAUCUAUCUUAACUUCGAAGAAAACUUCGUAUUUGAGUAUGAAGUCAGAUAUGAACCUGAUCAAGACCAUAGACAUCUACGUUUUAAAUUACUUCAAGAGCACAAACACUUAUUCAAGGAGAAGACUUUCGAUGGUACAACAUUGUAUGUGCCACACAAACUGCCUGAAGAUAUAAACAAACUUGUCUCAACAAAUCCAUAUGAUGAAAGUAAAGUUAAUAUAACUAUAAUAUUUCGUCGUACGCGCCGUCUAAGUGAGAUGAUCCAUAUAUACAAUGUGCUGUUCAUGAACAUAAUGCGAGACUUGGAGUUAGUGAGAUUCGGACGUCAGCACUUCAGUCAACAAGGAGCUGUACUGAUACCGCAGUAUAAACUGGAGGUUUGGCCUGGAUAUGUCACAGCUGUGGAUGAAUAUGAGGGUGGUUUGAUGUUAACGUUGGACUCGACACAUAGAGUUCUCCGCACAGAGACUGUGCUGUCAUUUAUAAAGGAGCACUUUGCAAGUGCUGGCGCUAAUUGGGGUCGUAUUGUAACAGAAAAACUUCUAGGUUGUUCUGUGAUGACUAAUUAUAAUAAACGCCUGUUUCGGAUUGACCACAUAGACUUAACAAUGACACCAAAAUCGACAUUUGAAAAAAAAGUGGACGGAGAAACAGUCAAAAUCUCUUACAUUGACUACUAUAAGAAAAAUUAUGGUAUUGACAUAAUGGAUUGGGACCAGCCUAUGUUGAUAUCAAAAGAAACAAAACGAAUCUCCGGUUCGGAGAAACCAGUGGAAUACAUGAUAUGUCUGGUUCCGGAGCUGUGUCAGUUGACAGGCCUCAGUGACGAUCAGAGAAGCAACUUUAGACUCAUGAAAGAGGUGGCUACGUACACCAGGAUAACACCAAACCAACGUCAUGCUGCUUUCAAAAAGUACAUUGACAACGUUAUGAAGAACGAAUCAGCCCGAAAUCGCUUAAAGAACUGGGGACUCAGCAUAGCGCCGGAUACAAUUAACAUAAUGGCAAGAGGCUUGGCUCCCGAGCCUGUGUUGUUUGGCAAUAACGUUAAAGUGCCAGGCAAGCCUAACGCGGAUUGGAGCUUUGAAGCUUGCAAGAACGCAGUAAUACACGCUGUCGAUUUACUGUCCUGGGCAGUGGUGUACACAGACAGAGAUAAGCAGUGCACAAUGAACUUUAUAGAAACAAUAAGACGAUGUGGGAACCCGAUGGGCAUCACAAUUAGUCAACCAACUCUAGUUCGUUUGCCCAACGAUCGCAUUGACACGUGCGCGGUGACGCUCAAGAAGAUUAUACACUCGCAACUGCAGAUCGUCGUAGUGAUAUGCUCUACGAAGACUGACGACCGUUACUCGUCUAUUAAGAAGAUAUGCUGUGCGGAGAAUCCAAUACCCUCACAGGUGAUAAACGCUCGGACGAUAAUGAACCAACAGAAGUUGAGGUCUAUAACACAGAAAAUCCUCCUGCAAAUUAACUGCAAGCUUGGUGGUACUCUGUGGGGUAUUAGUAUACCAUUCAAGACAGCAAUGGUAAUUGGUAUUGAUUGCUACCACGACCCCUCGCGGCGUCUACGAAGCGUAUGCUCUUUCGUUGCCUCAUACAAUCAAUCAAUGACUACCUGGUAUUCGAAGGCUGUUUUCCAAGAAAAAGGUCAAGAGAUCAUUGACAGCCUCAAGGCUUGUUUGGUGGACGCGCUUAAACACUAUCUCCGAGUCAAUGGACGACUUCCGGAUAGAAUAAUUAUGUACAGAGAUGGCGUGGGUGAUGGCCAACUGAAGUUACUCAGAGAUUAUGAGGUGCCCCAACUGCAGAUAUGCUUUAAGAGCCUCGGCGACACUGACUAUAAGCCGACGCUAACCUAUGUUGUUGUGCAGAAGAGAAUAAACACUAGAAUAUUCUCGAAAACUGGUAAUGGAUUCGACAACCCAAUCCCUGGAACCGUGGUUGAUCAUGCUAUUACAAGGAGGGAUUGGUACGACUUCUUAAUAGUUUCCCAAAAAGUGAACCAAGGUACUGUGACUCCCACUCACUACGUUGUAGUCCACGAUAGCAGUGGCCUGACACCUGACCAGUGUCAGCGACUGACAUACAAGCUAUGUCACCUGUACUACAACUGGCCCGGCACGGUACGAGUACCCGCUCCGUGCCAGUACGCGCACAAACUAGCUUACCUCAUUGGCCAGAAUGUUAAGCAGCCGGCGUCAGAGAUAUUAGCUGAUAAGUUGUUCUUCUUGUAAUUUAGACUAGUACCAGAGAUUUCAUAAAAUUGGUAACGAUGUCGCACAUCCAAUGCAAAACAAUCAUAUUAUGUACUAAUGGAGUUUUGAUAAGCCCAGGCUGACAGUAGAACACACACUUUUUACUAUAUUUUGGUUAAGAUUGUAAAGAAUUUUUACAUCCUUACGUUUUACAGUAUGUUUAAAAAAAAUAUUUUAUGAAAUAUAUAUACUCCAUGGGGAUUCAUGGAAAGUAUGACUAUAGUCAUUUAACAUUCGAUUGCUAAUAUCCGGUUUUGCAGUGGCUAACAAUGACAUGUUUAAUCUAAGCAUUAAUAAUUACCGUUAAAUUUACAACAACACACACACAACACACAUACAUAGGAUAGUUAGACGGGCAGUAAAGUCCUCGAAAUACGAACAAGUACCGGAUGACGUAGUAUUGGACCCCGCAAGGUCCAAUACUGCAAGUCAAAGGACCGAUGAUCUGGUCAAGUUAGCCGGAAUAAGUUCGAUGAGCACAGCGCAGGACCGAUCGUCAUAGAGAUCAUUUGGGGAGGAAUUUGACCAACAACGGACGUCUUUCGGCUGAUAUGAUGAUGAUGAUUACAACGCAUAACUAUUCAAAGCUUGGUAGCCUUCUUUAACUAAAUUGUGGCGUAAAUUUUUCACAGAAGCCACAGUAGGAAGAAUCGAAUAGAACCGAGCAUUACCUUUAACACCGCAUUACUUAUUAUAGUUAGUUCUACUAGUACGAAGUAAAAGUAAAUUAAUACAUUUAUGCUUGUUUUGCAUUACAUGUGCGAUGUAAGUUUAUAUUAAUUAACGGUUUUGUAGUUUUAAAAUCAGUUUACUGUAAGUUCCGCCGCUUGAAGUAAAGUGCAUGUGCUCUUCCACAAAAAAUUCGAGAACAGAAGUGGUGAAUCUGAGAAAGAGAAAUAGAUUCUUCUUCUAAAACUGUGUUCCAAUAAUCUAUAAGAUGCAUAUCAAUUCAAUCUUAUUUAGAGAUAUUUACGAUUUUGUUUUAAUGAAUCUGUUCAAUAGUACUGCUUAUACAUACUGUGUAUAAGCGGAUCUAUUAAGUGCAGGCCCUUUACUUAGUUUGUAAUGUUAUUAUAAACUUAAGUAGUUUGUUGACACGAGAUGCCACGUCUAGUAGCGCAGUAAUUUCCUCAGCUACGGCGCCCUUUACUCCAAAACACAGAACAAGCACAUUACUGUUAGGCGACAGAAAAAGGUGACUCUAUGUUACCUAUGAGGCCCCCACCGGUAUUUAGUUAUAUAGAUAUUACCUUGACACGAUUAAUCAAAGACAAUUGGGACCGAUUACACGUUUUCUGUAUUAUUAAUAAAGGCGAAGUUAAGAUAUUCCAAAUUUAAAACUUUUUGGCUUGCAAUUAAUAAAACAAUACCAAACCAGUUUCGCCGUUAAACACUCACACAUGCCCCGGAUCAGAUCCGGGGCAUGUGUGAGUGAUAAUUAUAAGAAUGAUUGUUGAAGUGCAACCGAUUCGCGUGGGUGUAUGAAGCUUAAUCUCUGUACCGUUUUAUGUACUCAUGUGCGAUAUAGUCUGUAAACAUUUUGCAUAUUCUUGGUUUAUUCUCAGGUACAACUUUAUACCACGUUUAUUUGUAAAGCCGUAUAUCUUUUUCUUACCUUCGUCACUACAGAAAUACAUGACAGGCAGAAGUAAUUUUAAAUUUGGAGUAACUUUACACUGCGUUUAUUAAUAAGACAGAGUAUACGCUCGACGGCUCACACUGCUAACUUGAUUCGUGACAUACCUAGAUUUAUUACAAUAUCACUAUAGUGUACUCGUGACAUUACAAUUUCACUUAAACCAGGCCUUUAAAUUUGUAAGAAAUGAAGUCGAUGGACAAUCUACUGUUUUAUGAUAAUAUCACUAGUGAAAUUCUUAUAUCACGGCUUUGACAAUAUAACUGCGACAUAUAUGAACAUUUUGGUUUUGUUAAAACAAUUUCGACGGCUAUUUGAUAUAUUCUAUAAUUAAUUAUGCCAUGUAACCUCUAUAUCCGUAAACGCAUUUAAUUUGUAUAAGCGAAAUCGCUUUGUCUGUAACCAAGAUUAAGACUGACAUUUAGUCUAAAUAGUUUAAGUAAUUCUGAGUUUUACUAAUAGUUAUCAUUGGUGAAUGUGUGUUGUAGUUUAACAACGAGUCUGUAGGAAUGUUUAAUUAAUAAAUAUUAUUUCUGAAUUGGUUUCGUAUGCCGUUUACAACUGUGAAAGGUGUUGCAAAAGCAUUCGAGGAUAUUGUUUACUAACGAGUUUGCUAACGAAUGUCUUCUAUGUUUACUUAAAGCUAUUCAUAACGAUUGUCUUCCAUGUUUACUAAAAGCUAUUCAUAACGAAUAUCUUCUAUGUUUACUAAAAGCUAUUCAUAACGAAUGUCUUCUAUGUUUACUAAAAGCUAUUCAUAACGAAUGUCUACUAUGUUUACUAAAAGCUAUUCAUAACUAAUAUCUUCUAUGUUUACUAAAAGCUAUUCAUAACGAAUAUCUUCUAUGUUUACUAAAAGCUAUUCAUAACGAAUGUUUUCUAUGUUUACUAAAAGCUAUUCAUAACGAAUGUCUACUAUGUUUACUAAAAGCUAUUCAUAACUAAUAUCUUCUAUGUUUACUAAAAGCUAUUCAUAACGAAUAUCUUCUAUGUUUACUAAAAGCUAUUCAUAACGAUUGUCUUCUAUGUUUACUUUAAGCUAUUCAUAACGAAUGUCUUCUAUAACAAAUUAUUUUCUUAAGAAGCUCGUGCUAUUUUUUUGCACAUUUUUCUGGGGAUAUCUACUAUAUACGGUAUGGUCUGCAUACCUAUGAAAUAAAUAAAAAUAUAAGUAAUACUAGUCCACAGAACUAUCGCAAAAUUAAUUAUAUAAUUAAAAACUUUAAAUUGAAAAAGUGAAAUUUUCAAACAAAAUAAAUAUUCAAAUAAAUGUAGUAAAAUUUAACAGUCUAUAUAGACAACUUACCUUGACCCCGGAACGAUGUGCGAAGGCGGCAAGUUGUCGGCUUUACCUUUGAUUCGUUUGAUAAUUUGCGACGUAAUUUAAAUUCACUAUGUACAUUUAUACGGACACUUUUUUAUUUCGGGAUACCUAUCUGAACUGAACUUUAAAUUGAAUAUUGUGCAUUAGAAUAAUAAUGGAAACGAAAAUUUACAAAUUUUCUAAAUGUCCGCCACAUUCUUGAUGAAUACACAAGUUACAACACCGUACAAUGUUGUCCCAAAAA